AUGGAGUCAAUUUACACGUUCUUUAAGUUGUUUCUUCCCAAGUAUUUGAGAAGUCUUCCAAUCCCAAAGACACUUAGUGGCUUUAAAGAUCUGACAGGAGAAGAUUACCUAAACCUGACACCUUUCUUCUUCUUAGUAUUGCUUAUCCUCUACUCAGUGUUCAAAACUUUGCUUUUUGGACGCAGAAAGGUUAAGAAACCAAAGAUUAAUGAAGACAUUCAGAAGGAAGAGUCCAAGGUGGUCACACAGAUGGAUAUUGAAGAUAUUGGAGACAACAUAGCUUUCUGCCGCUGCUGGAGAUCCAAGAAGUUUCCUCUCUGUGAUGGCAGCCACAACAAACACAAUGCAGAAACAAGAGAUAACGUUGGCCCACUGCUCCUGAGACGUGAAGGGGAUACAAAAUAG